GGAAGCGAAAAGAAAAGUGCAAGUAAACAAACAACCACAAUUCACCUUUUCGAAAACAACCAACGAUCUUAAAUCAUGUCGUCUCCCUUCAAAACUUCCCCAAUACGUCUCAAGUCUCCCCAGGAUAACUUUGAAUCUUCAAUUAUGGAGUCAGCUUACAUGACAAAGCAAGAUUUGAUGGCCAGAAAAGCAGAGGAAAACGGAAUUCCGACGUCUGAGAUUACAAAACAGUUCCAGGCCAUACUGACCCAAGUUUACCAGCAAAAUCCGGGGUGUACUGAAGCUUGGGCAAUGGGAAAAACAGAAUAUCACGUUUGGACCCAGUUCUUUCCAAACGAUCCAUGGCCAGGUGUUCUCCCCAAGACAUCACAAUUAUCUUUCAGUAAUGAGAGGAUGCGCUCCGAGUCUGGCGAGAUUACGAGUUCGCCGGAUAAGGGCCCAUUAACUCUCCCAAACAGACCGAAGCCUAACUUUUCACUUAAGAUCGAAGAUGUGCUUCUUAGUGCAUCUGGCAAUUCAAAUGUACUGGCGGCAUACAGGGAGGCAUUGGUAAACAUGAAGGAAAGAUAUCCACGCGAAAGUUUAGAGUGGCAACAAUGGAUGGCAGGAAGUAAAGUUUGGGUAUCUAACUUUCGUCAAAGGGGUACCUUUCCCUGCAACGAGCCUCCUAGAUCAUACAUACUCCGCUCUUCAGAUGUCAAUCACCUUGACACUGUACGUUCUCGCUGUGGUGGUGAAGAUAAUUCUAGAAGAGGGCGAAUUGGUAGUAGCUGGCAAACUGAAGAGGCGACUAGUCGUCGUAGAUCUAGAUCGCCUCCGAUUGAACUGAUGGGAAGAGACAGGUAUCGACAAAACAGGUCCCAAGGAACCACAACACGAGGCAGAACAGUCAAAACUGAAGAGUCACCACGUCAUUUCAAAGCAACGACGGUUGGAGAAACAAAAAAAGACAACAAUAAUGUAGUGAGGGCCAGAGAGAAUGACCCAUUGACUUACGGGACCAAAGAGGAUGAAAUGCAAAAGAAAGCAUACAGUAUGGGCGGUGUUGAUUUCCGACAUGUUUUCUUUCGUGCUUUGCAAACUAGCAGAGAUCUUGUAAGAUCGCGUCAUCCUAACUGCGACCGUUCUCAAAAGCACUGGCUUGCCGAUCGAAUGGCAUGGGAUACUGUUUUCAAAAAUGAGCUAUUCCCUUGGUUGAACAACAAACCACCCGGCGUUCCUUCAUUAGCCAAUUUACCACCAAUCAACAAAACAUCAAGGGAGGUUACUGGCAGCUACUCUAUGGCUCCCCCACCUGCUCAAAUAGUUUCCAGUGGUUCCAAUAAUGGUCAUCCUCCAGUGUACAAUAUGACAGGUAACAGAUCGGCCCAGUCGAGACUUUCCUCUGCUCAUAGCGCAAGCGCUUCUGUCCGAAAAGCUAUAUCUGGCGGUACCACUCCUUCUGGAUCAAGCCCUGAGAUGCCAAGAAAGCUCUCAGCGGCACUACUGAACAAAGGAGUGAUGAAAUCUAUUGAUGGGGAGUCCUCAGAAAAGGAUAGGACAGGUCUUGUUGAAGGCAUGAGAGAAGUGAUCAUCAGAAAGAAUACACUUUUCCGUGCCCUUCUAGGAGACUGGGACGAUUCGUUCAAAUCCGUUCAGAGGGGUCUUGGGGUUACAAUAGAACAUCAUGACGAUGCCUCUGGACACUUCAAGCUCACUAUCGAGCCAUAUCAGCCGGGAGAUAAUGUAGCGCUCGAAAGAGCGCACAAGUUCCUUGAGAUCUGGAAGAGAUUGAUAUACUCUGAUCAGCUAAUUAAACUUGAACAUUUUUGGGCCCAGUAUAAGAAUAAUUUUAAGACAACCGCAGUUAAUCGCAAGCCUAUGAUACAUGUUAAUGGCAAGAAGAUUCCUUGUCAAGGAAAAUUCGGUGAUCUCUGUGAUUUCUUCUCACAGGAGAUUCAACAAUAUCAGUCCAAUAUGGCUGAAUAUGCUGAUACUGAAAAUGCACUUGCCUGCAGUACCCUUUUUGAGGUUAGGCCAUACGAUAUUUACCUCAGCAGUUAUCCACUUCCGAUACUGCUUGAUGUGGAUACCAAGGCAAGAAAUAAGAUGCUUGAUGACCAUGAUGCCUUUCUUGAAGAGUGGGUUCAAAACUCCUUCCAAAAGCGAAUAAACUUAUGGGACAUGAGCCACGAAUAUGCAAGAAGGAGCGAUCAAAAGCGUAUGGAACUAGAUAUGGAUCUAGAUGAGCUUCUCAAGGAAGGAGCAACAAUGGCGGCAAACCAGAUCUCGUGAUUGUAGAGGUAGUAAUUCUUAGAGGUCUUAUAUUUGCUCUUUGUUUGAUAGCAACACUAGCAAGCCGCACACGUAGUUUACAUAUAAUCGUAGAUUUGUCGAAUCAAUACCACAGUGCCAUGCAUUUCGACUGAUUAUCAACACAUAAGCAUUCAAAGGUCGAUAGCCCCAUGUUUAUUGCCAAUUCCACCA